UUCCGUGUUUUUUUUCCCACUUGAUUAAUUCGUCGGUGUCUGUCAUUAUUCGAUCUAUUUUUUUUUGGGCCGGUGGGAAUCUGCUGUCGAGGUGCUGAUUUGCGGAAUCUUUGUAAUGAGACCCUAGACAAUUUUUUUUUCCAUUUUUUGGAUUACGAAUGUGAUUUCUAUUCGGAAAUGUUGUUCAUGUUAUAGUGGACAUAGUAGCGGAGUAAUUGUGUGCAACAUUGUUUUGUUUUAAACUUCAAAAUAUAAUGUGUUUUGAAUUUCGGGGACGCUCCUUUGUGUAUGGGUAAUAUCACAACUUGCAGUACCAAUGCUAUGGCAGAUUUGUGCUGUUUGAUUUGUGGUAAUACUGAUGCUGGAGUUUUUAGAACAUGGUGGUUGAACAUCCAUUGUUUCAGCAGUUGUUUAGGUACUUUGGUGGUUUCACUUUCAAGGCUUCAAGAGAUUGAAUCGAGGCCCUCAUGGUUGCAUUUCCAAAAUGGUUUGCAUGGCGGGGCAUUUUAAAAUGUCUUCUGUGCUGAAGCUUGUAAUGAUGGAAAAUCACACAGCACCAGAUGACGUGAUCCGUGAGAUGACUGGUGCACAGGUCCUACAAAAGCAACUGUUUGAUGCACAUGAACCAAAUUUACUAGAUGAAAAUGAUAUGCAUAUAUUUGGAUCAAAACCGAUGGCUGACCCAUUGGACUUGGUCUGCUGUAGUACUUGUAAGAAGCCAGUCAAAGCCAGCCAAUAUGCAGUUCAUACAGAGCAAUGUAGCUCAGGGAAGGUAAACACAAAUGAUUCAGUGGGUGUAGAUUAUGCCAGUCCUACAAAGCCCCUGAAGAAGGGCAGAAAAAUAAAGUUGAUAAGUAAUGGAAAUCAAAAAGUGCACAUAAAAGUGAAAGCAAAAUGUCAACCUGAAAGCAAGAACGUUGCCAAUAGUUUCGAGUUGGACAAUGGGCAUGCCACUAAAGUACAAUCUAUAGAUUUCACAGAUGCGCCAGUUCCUCUUGCAACAAAAAUGUAUCAUUCACAAGGCAACUACCGUCUUCGCAUGGAGCUUGGCCAGCUUUAUCGUGAAUCGUGUGUGCAGCAUUUGAGCGGCCACACAACUCAAAACGUGUCACAUGAGAAUGGAUUGAUGGCGUCACAGUUUUCCCCCUGCGGCAACUCAGCAUUGCCUGUUUCUCAGAAGAGCCUUGUUCCUCAAACAAAGCCUCUUGCAAGCACAUCUGAAUCAUACUCAGGAAUCCCUCAGCAAUUAGCAGCAAGCAGGCCUAACCAGUCACAAGGAACCAAAACUGAGAGAGCAAGUACACAAGCAUCUGCAGUUAAAAGUGAAGGUUCACGAUCCAGAGGCAAUAAAGCUGCUGUUCCCCAUUCGAGAAACAAAGGCAGCAAGAAGGCGCAGCAGCAACCUAAUGGACGUGUUCAUGUGAUGUGAUCCAGUCCUUGGUAGAGUAGCCCAUUGAUAGGUAAUUUAUUGGUCAAGUGGAAGUGGUGUCUCCGCUGGUGAACAGUCUCUUCUUUUUCUCCUUUCCUAAUGAAAUUGGUUAUUGUCAGGAUGGUUCUGAUUUGGACCGUCCCGAUUCGAGGUUGUUUUGGUUCGUCGGCUAUUGGUACAAGAAGCUAACAGCACUAGUUGUAGCACUGAUGAUGAAGUUACCUGUAAAUACGGCCACAAAGGCCUUCGCUUCUCCCUGUCCCUCUUGCUGCGGAAGGUUGUGAACCUGAUGAACAUUUUGAAUAUAGCCCUCAUCUUUUGGGCAUCGAGUUUUAGUUGGCUCUCA